GCUAUUGGAAAAAAGAGAAGACAACGUGGCACGCGCUGCGCACGGGCGCAUAGUUCGGUACUAAUAUAAAGUGUGUUAACAAAAUUAGUGAUUUUUCAGUGAAAUUAAGAAAUGAAGGCGAAAGUGAUAUAUAAUUGAGACUGGUUAAUUACAUUAGCAAAACGGUUCUGUUUUGCAUUUCGAUUUGGAAACCUUUCCGGCAUCUUGCAGCUGACAUUCUCAGGGCUUCACCAUGCGUCUAAAGGAGCAUCCCGACCUAAUAUUCGAUGCGAUACCCAAGCUCUACGAGAGCACCACCAAAGUGCUUCUGACGAAUCUCAGCCAGGUGCCUGAGCAGCUGAAGCCGCCGCCGCAGAAGUUCUGUCGAAUGUACACAACCAGGCCACUGGCCGAUCAGCUGUUGCUGCAUCUGCAAUGGAAGGGGGCCAACAUUUCCGAGCAGGACUUUCAUAUCGUGGAGGAUGGCAAGCCCUUUCAGCUCCGCCUCAGCGAUGGCAGGCGGCUGGAGGCCAUGCUCUGUGCGGGGACUGCACUGGGCAACAGUCUGGUGCUGCUCAUUCGGAAGUUGCAGGGCGGCAAGCUGCUGUACUUUUACUCGGCAGUGCAGCAGGACGAUCUGUGUCAGGUGAUAGCCAAUCCCAUGUUCCACUCAUGGAUAGCCCAAGGCACGGAGCUGCUGUACCUCAACCUCAGCGGUGCCCAUCGGCCGCUUGUCCAUGUGGACUACGAUGAAGUGGCGGCGGACAUCGAAAAGCUGCGCAGGGAAAAGAACUGCGUGGUGCGCCUGAAGCUGCCCCACUUCGGGUACGAGCCUCUGGUGCGGCGACUGGGGCACACUCUGCUCUACGGCCACAUUCGUCUCAUAGGGCAAUAUGCCAACAGCUACGCGGCACUCAGCAACGACCUGCGGCGCUUCGAGGAGCCCGAUUACUUGGUCAAGGUGCACAUUUUUGCCGCCGACGAUUUUACCGUUCUGACCACUCAGUCCGAGCGCUUCGCUCUCCUGCCACUCGACUUGCUGAAGUGGUCGCCACAGCCCACGCGCAUGAAUCUCAUACAACUGUGCAGUCUGCUGCGGCCACAGCACAUCCAAGGCAUCGUUCCCUACCACGCGACGGGCAAUGUGCCACCACCGCCGGAGUACUUGCAACGCUUCAGUGCAUCCUACUCGCCGCAGAAGCCCAAUGCUCCGUUGCGAGCCCCAGCGGCGGCACUUCCACAGGCUGCCAAGAAAGUUGAUCGUGUCAUUAGGAAGAAAGGUUUCGAUUUCUUGAGCGAUGACGAUGAAGCCGAUAAGACCGACUCGGAGUAGAUGGGCGAACCAAUUCGUGCUGGAGUCCCGUUGAGCUUGGCAACCCCUUGCAAUCGGUUAUGAUCAGUCCAUAAAGUGUGUCAAUAUACUUCCUGGGCGAAUGUAUCUGCACGGCCUACCUGAGGAUCUCUUCCAGAGCGUGGACAUCAAUGUCAAUGGAAAUCCUGGCAAUAGCCUGCAGUCUUUCUACGGUCCAGAAUGUGUGUCAAUAUUAAAUCGUGUGCGUAUGCAGCUUCGGCCUACCGGAGAAUCUUACCCAACAGAUCGGCCAUCAAGGACAAUUAUGAUUGGGAAGUCCUGCAGUCCCGAAGAUCUGAAGGACAAUCUACAAUCGGAUAAAUUAAGGCGCAUCUUAGAGAUAAAGAGACAAAUGUAAAAUAAGCAGAAUAAAUAAAUAAAUAUUGAACUUAAAAA